UUCUCCAGGCAUUGUGCUACUAUUGAUCGGGAUGACGCACUGUUAUCCCCAAUUUGACAACGGCAAUCAAUUUGGUGGGUUUGGUGGGCAAAACAACCCCUGGUUGCGUCCUCCACAACCAGUUCCGUCUACGAUAUCUCCAGAUCUCGGAGGAGGCAGCACCACCACCGCUCGACCAACUACUCAAUCACCUCGCUUCUAUGCCUGUCUUCAAUCUUGUGCGGCGACCAGCGAGUACAAUCCCAUUUGUGGCAGUGAUAACGUGAGCUACUACAACGAAAACAAAUUCAACUGCGCCUUGAGCUGCGGCAACAAUAUCCAGCAGUUGCAUAGGGGAAUUUGUUAGACACACAUAUUCCACAUUGGGGAUCAUCUGAAGCAUCUAGCAGCUUAUUUACAUACAUAUUACAUUUCUCAAUCCAACGUCUAAUCGAUGACAUCAGCGAAUAAAUAUACAUACAGUCCCAUACAUAAA